GCGGAGAUUGCCCUUGUGUCUCGAGCUGGGAAAGCGGCGGCUCGUGCAGCGUUAGCGGCGGCGGCGGCGGCGGAGCAGUCUCCCCGCGCGCGCGGAAGGGAGCGCGUGCGAAGCGGCGGAGGAAGGCGAAAGGGGCUGCUCUUGCGGCUGAGCAGGGGGUCUCCUCAGAGCCCGCUCCCGCGCGCACACGCACACAAAGAGAGAGAGAAGAAGAAGACGAAGAGGGCGAGAAGGAGCUGCCCUGAGAAGGAGCAGCCCAGGGAAGGAGCUCCCUCGCUCGCCUGCCUUCAAGACAAGGGGCUCCUCGAGGAAGACAAGCAGGAGGAGGAGGAGGAGGAAGAGGAGCGGGGGGCGCCUGGUGCGCGACGCCUCGGGAAGGCGGAGGAGGCUGGGGGGGAGCCCGCCUCGGUCCGGGAGGGGAGGGUUGAGCCGGCAGCCGACACCGCGGGCCCCCGCCGCCCGCCCACGCCACCCCGCUCCCCUGCUUCACCCCGCCGCAACCGGAGGGGCCGAGGGAGAAGAAGACACUGCGGACGACGAGGAGGAGGAGGAAGAGGAGGACGCGGUGUGGCGGCUCUUUCCGCGGGGAGGACGGACCCAGGCAGGAGAAGAGGAGCAAGCAGCAGCAGCAGCUGCGGGAUUCUCUGCCUCGCGCCCGGCCCGCCCGAGGGAAGCCCCCAGGAUGCGGCUGAAACCGAGCGUCGUCUUGCGCUUAUACAGCCUCUGCGGGAUCCUCAUCCAAGUGGCUGCUACAAAGAGCAAAACUAAAGGCAGCCAAGGGCAGUUUCCACUUACACAGAAUGUUACGGUUAUUGAAGGUGAAACAGCAACUUUGACCUGUAGGGUUGAUCAAAAUGAUAACACCUCCCUCCAGUGGUCAAAUCCAGCUCAACAAACCUUGUACUUUGAUGACAAGAAAGCUCUAAGGGACAACAGGAUUGAGCUUCUUCGAGCUUCAUGGCACGAACUGACCAUCAGAGUCACUGAUGUGUCACUGUCCGAUGAAGGGCAGUACACCUGCUCUUUAUUUACGAUGCCUGUCAAGACGUCCAAGGCUUUCCUCACUGUUCUAGGUGUUCCAGAGUCUCCUCAAAUUACUGGAUUUGUUUCACCAGUUAUGGAAGGUGACAGGAUGGAGCUUACAUGCAAAACGUCUGGUAGUAAGCCAGCCGCCGAUAUCAGAUGGUUCAAGAAUGACAAAGAGGUGAAAGAUGUUAAAUAUUUAAAAGAAGAGGAUGCAAAUCGGAAAACAUUUACUGUCAGCAGCACAAUGAAUUUCAAAGCUGAUCGCAGCGAUGAUGGUGCAGUUGUAAGUUGCAGAGUAGAUCAUGAAUCCUUGCACUCCUCGCCACAGAUAGCAAUGCAAGUUCUAGAAAUACACUAUAUCCCUUCAGUUAAAAUAAUACCAUCCACGUUGUGGCCAGAAGAAGGACAAUCUAUAACUUUGAUUUGUGAAUCCAAAGGAAAACCACUACCAGAUCCAGUAUUAUGGACCAAGGAUGGUGGAGAAUUACCAGACCCAGAAAGAAUGAUUGUCAACGGUAGGGAGCUAAACAUUCAUAUGCUAAAUAAAACGGACAAUGGUACAUAUCGAUGUGAAGCAGAAAAUUCUAUUGGCCUAAACAGCGCAGAGUAUGUUCUGAUAAUACGUGAUGUUUCCAACAUUUUGCUUCCCACCACUGUCAUCCCCUCCCUUACCACUGCAACAGUCACAACCACUGUAGCCUUAACAAGCACAGUUCCAUCGGCAACAGCCAUCGACACCCGAGACCCCAAUGGCUACCCUGGACCAACUGGUACGGAUCAUGCUGUUAUAGGAGGGAUUGUGGCUGUAGUUGUCUUCGUCACACUAUGUUCUAUUAUUCUGCUUGGCCGAUAUUUGGCAAGACAUAAAGGAACAUAUUUAACAAAUGAAGCUAAAGGAGCUGAAGAUGCACCUGAUGCGGAUACAGCCAUUAUCAAUGCAGAAGGCAGCCAAGUCAAUGCAGAAGAGAAGAAAGAAUACUUCAUAUAGAUGCAGACUUAGGAUCUUGAGUAUUACUCGCCAGGCUGACUGCUGGAGAAAACUGGCUCUCGUCUUUCAGAAUUAAUUUCUCCCAUCUUUUUCCUACCUUUAUUAAUGCACACAAUUGCUUUCAGUAGCCAGUUUAUACCAACAAUCAGCCAUGGACAGCAUUUUUCUUUAAUUAUUGUACCAUUCAUAAUGCAGGACAUUUCUUAUUGCCUAAUAAUCCAUAUCCAUUGUUCUCUUAACAUACAGUGCUUGAAUAUACAGCCUUAACAAUUUUAAUCAUCAUCAGUUCAUGUUCAUUUUUAUACAUUUUUUUAAACAGUGAUAUACAACUUAUUUUCUGUCUUCUUUUACCAUAUGGUCCUUACCGGUAUUGCACCAACCAUUUUCAUAGCAAAUGUUGUUAGGUGAGGACCCCAAUGUACUUACAUAAAACAUUACAAGUAAGAUUAGAGGUUUACAAAGAAUGUUUUAUAUAUGUCUAUAAUUCAAAGGCAACCUAGUUUUGAAUCAUUAUGCCCUAAGAAACACCAACUGAAAGCAUUCUAGUGUAAUUUCUUACAUGUUUUCAACUGACAGCAAAGGGGUGUGAACAAAACUUUUAUUUUAAUUGCACAUUUGGUACUAAAGCAGCGUCUGGGUGGUAACCACAUCAUGCAGUCUGUUUAUACAGAAUCCAAUGAGGAUUAUGUAACUGCAUCUUGAAAACGUUUGUCCUGUUUUUUUACUGCUUUUACAAGCAUAAAGACUUCCAUGUCUAUUUCUGUAAUUUUUGUUUUGAUUUUAAUUUAUUUGCUUCUUAUGGGUUCACCUGCCUACUCAAAUUGGACAUGUUCAUGGGGCACAGCUGCAAGACAUUUUAGUAUCUGUAUAUAGUGAAUAUAAUAAAUCCAAUUAAACAUUAUUUGAUACAUAUUUAACUUUUGGGGCUGUAGGUAAGUCAGUCACAAGUAAGCAUUUUCUAAUGUCCAUAUAUCCCUUUAGAUAUGACUUAAAUUAAUAUUCUGAGUAGAUAACAUGUAUUAGUACUUUUUGUCUGUAUGUCCUAGCACUGUUCAACAGCAAACUUUUCUAGCUCCAGUUAAUUUUUCUUUGUUAUACAAUGGAAGCACAAUGUUAUAUGGAAAGGUAGUUUUAAGCUAACAACCAGUGCACAGCCUCAGGUUUUAAAUUACAACCACAUUAAUGAUUAAUGAUUAAGUUGCUAAAAUUUUAAUAUAUUAUUUGGCAGUUCUAGAGCUGCUUAUCAAUGUUGGAUUUGCCAAAACACAAACAAUGAAGUGUUACAACAGAAAGCUCUAUGUUUUGUGUAUGCGGUAAAUGGACUAAUUCUUUAUAUUAAAUUCCUGUCUAUGCAUUUUGUGAGGUACAAACUUAUGUCACGGUGAAUGAUAGAGAAUAUCUGCCAUGCUUUUAGCUCCAUAGUAAAGACCUCUGUUUGAGAGAAUUCUCAAAAUGUGGGGUAAAAUGACAGCUUUUUUAAAAAGAGUAUCAAGAUGCUAAAGCUAACGUAAUGAAGGUUGAUUGGCUAAAUUCCUCCUCAAGAAAAAAAGAAAUGAAAUAUCACCAGAUGAGCUUUUACUUACCAGUCCCAAGUCAGAAAAAUAAAUUCAGUAGAGACUGUCAUUGUUCUUCUAAGUACUGCACCUUUUAAAAAAGACUAUUUCUAUAUGGUUGCUAUUACUAGUGAAGUCUAAAAGCAUUAUGGCCUAUUGUAAAGGAUUAUCUCCUGGGAUUUAUUUUUUGCGUGGGGAGGGAGGAGGGUGGGUAGCAUUUGAAUAUGACAUCAUGUGUCGCAGUAAAUGGAAAUCAAAGGUGUUGUGUCAAAUUAUUUAUCAAAAGGGUAUAACCUUUUAAGGACAAUAGUAGUUUUUAAAUUGUUUUUGUUGAGGAAAAAAAUACCUUGUUAAUUUCUAUGAGAAAAAAGAGAGAGAGACCAUCAAUCAAGCAGCACUUUUUCAAAGUAUACAGAACAUAAAUAAUAUGAUGUGGUUGAGUGUUAACAUAAUAAAUCAUAUACAGUAUGACAUUUUAAAAAAA